AUGCCGUUCACUGUCCACAUACCCAACAUCUGGCAAGCAAUCUUGCUUGUGACCUUUGCCAUACUUCCUACCAGGCUGUACGCUGUUGCCGUAAAACACUUCUUCAACAGCAAACUCGCGCCCGAGAAUGCUGGCUCAACAUCGGCGCUGGAAGUUGUACAACUCGAUGAGAAGGAUUCGAGCAACUUAGCAGUGCCUCAGAGCGACCAACAGCACGAGGAAGCACAAGAGAUAUCUCGAUACAAGCUGCUAUAUCACAAGUUACACAAUCUCGAGCAGUAUCCAGACAUUCUCCCCCAAGCCCGCGACUUGCUCUUGUCUUUGCUUACCGAAACCCUCAAUGAUGCCAAGUGUCAAACGAACUAUGGGAUCUUGUCCAUUGAUCAGUACACGCCAGAUGCCCUCGCACAUUUCAUGCAGGCGGAGCAUGACCGGAUCACUCAGGCAUGGGAGCAGUACAUUCUAAGGAGGCGUCAAGGGCUGCCCCGGGAGAUGUUUCAAAACAAAGAAGAGGCGGCAUGGUGGCUUAAACAGAUGGCACCAGUAAAGUAUGUAGAUGGUGCCUGGCUAGGUCACGUAAACAAAGUCACAACCCCAUUCUCCCUUCGACCAACCACUAAGGAUGCGUGGCAAGUCAUGUCAGAAGAGCUCGGAGAUGGAAACUCACACAUGAACCAUGUCUAUGUAUAUAAAGACUUGAUGCGAGACAUUAGGUCGGGCUUACCAGACGCAGACGACGCUCGUUUUAUCCACCCUGAUCAUCAAUUGGACCAAGUUGGCGUUUGGAAAGCUGCCGUCGCUCAAUUACUCGUAUCACUAUUUCCAAAUGAGUUUCUUCCAGAAAUACUCGGCUACAACAUGCACUUUGAAGGCUUAACGAUGGAGACGAUGAAGGCUGCAAGGGAACUGGAAGAAUUGGGUCUCAAUUCGUACUAUUUUGCUCUUCAUAUCUCGAUUGACAAUGCGGACUCAGGUCAUACCGCUAUUGCAUUACAGUCAGUCACCAAGUAUUUAGAUAUCAUAAAACGGAAUGAAGGAGAAGUUGCUGUACAGCAAGCAUGGAAACGUGUCCAGGCGGGAUUCAUCCUCUCUGCGGGAGCUGAAGGGCCACAGUGUCCAUCACAGAGAUCCAGUAUCGCCAAGCUGCCGGUGUAUCGCACACAUAACACGCAAGAGAAAGAUGUGCUGAGGAUCUUCAAAGCCAAAACACCCGUAGCCUACAAAAUCCACUGCACCAGCCGCAUCAAGAUGGGAGGACGCAGAUUUGUUGACUGGCUCGAACCGCAUGCUUUCAAAGAUCCUCAAUGGCAGGCGGACUUCUUGCAUCACCUUGCCCACCUGAAGCCCUGGGUGCGUAAGGGCAAUAGCAAGAAUAGUCGGCUGGUCAAAGAACUUUCAUGGGGCGGGAAGAUGUUCGGAUCUUUCACACACAGCGAAGUCGAUGCUGUGGCGCGCUGGAUCGAUAGCAUGGGCAACGCAAGCUCACAAGAUGGCUAUUGGGCUUUUACAGGAAGAGAAAAGACCGAUUCAGCUCAGGCAAUACGUGACCACAAUUUCGCCACCGACAAUCCGGUACUGUCGCCUACUGUCAUAGCUUUACCUUUCCCGCCGCUCACCAUGGCCACUGUGGAUUCUACAGGUCCUCCACCAUACAGUGCCGCAUCCAGGGUACUGUCCGAUAGCCUUACCAUGCCCGUCUUAAUUCCUCUCUGGCUCACCUCCCCAUGCCUCCUCGAAUCAACCAUCUCUAUACCGUCGAAGACGACCACCAUUCUCGCAUCAUCAGUGGUCCGGCUUCUACGAGCUCAGAAUGGCUUUGAGGCUGAGAUUGAUGGACCUGGGGUACCGGGUAUGGAUGAAGCGCGCCGAACUGACAACACUGGGCUGAUAGAGAUUGGUCUCGAAAUGCUCCUGAAGACAGGAGGAGAUGGAAAGCAGCCACGCUGCUUGAAGGACGUCUUGGAACCCAUGCCCUCAGAUUUUGCUUUGACUAUGCUGAAGCUCAGUGGAAAGCCGACGGCAAAUCUAGGAUUACUCUUGGGGAUGUCAUGGGCUUUUGUGGGCCUCCAUGAGGCUGUAGCGACACGUACUGCAGGGACUCUUUUGAGUGACACAACUCGAGAUACCCUGAUCGGAAUCAUUAGUAGGGAGAAGUCUUGCCUCAUGGUUUGCUUCGAUGAGAUCAAGGGAAAUAAGGAGCUCUACGCAGACUUUCACAGAGGGUUCUCGGUAGCAUUGGGGGAGAUCAGAAGGUGUUUUGGGGGCGCCGAAGAUAUGGAAGAGGAUUGGGUUGCUGAUGUGUCCUGCGAAAAAGCAACUUUUUAG